AUGCAUGAGCUGCAGACCUUAAUGAACAUGAUGAAGGCAGAUCAGGCAGAAAAGGAAAAGAAGAGAAAGUUCAAAGGAGUUCUUAUCAGAUGUGAGGGGGAUAUUGGUAUCAAUAAGAAGGAAAGUGGCAGAUGGGAGAGAUACACCGAGGUCGCAAUCUCAAAGGAACAUCCAAUCUGGAAUUCGGACCCAACGCCUGCAUCCAAGAUUAUGGGACUUCCCCUGCUCGUACACAAACAGCCUCACAAUCCUGCAUGGAGCCAGAAUGACCACACCCGAUUCGACAAUCAGCCUGCCAUUUUUCUCAACCUCACUGUGGAUCCCAAAAUCGAAGAUAUGUGGGGAUUUGCUCCUCCAGAAUGGCAGAACGAGGUUGGUAGCACCUUACUGGUCAGGAAAGAUCAGAAGAACUUGAGUCGUGAGCAAGCUUGGGCUCUCGUAGAGUUCAUGCAGUUCCGUGUAUCAGAUGCGUUCGAGGAUCCGGCGAGGAGCGUCAACGUCGAGCUGCGGUUUUGA